GACAGUAGUUCUAUAUUCGUCAAGUCUUAUUCGACAAAAACGUCGAGUCCAUUGUUGACGACACCCUCGCCGACGACGACGUUCAGUGUGUAUUCACUUGCCGACCACUUCACGGUCUCCUUCGCCACCCUCUCACCGGGCAUCCCACGGCACAUCCGCGCUCUCGUCUCAACCACCCCAGGAGCCACCACUAGCUACGGACGGAGGCGAGGUCUCCUGUAUCUGUGGGUUCACCUGCGAUGACGGUUUCUGUAUCGCUUGCGACGUCUAUUCGUCAUGCCACCUGCUUUGGUAUGGUUGAGGGACCCGUACAACAAGAAUGGCGGUGUUAGGUGUGUCAGGAUGGCAGGAUCGGCGAGCAGCAGAGAGAGGGAGCCGUUACAUAAACCACAGAAGGUCAACGUUGCGAAGACCAACAUCCCACCGCAGGAUGAGAAGCCGCGACGACCGAGCACUGUUAUUGCGCUUUCCACAGAUUGUGCAGACCUGUACGCAACCAAGAACAGGAGACGAGCCUCGAUCCUGAGUUCAGCGGGUGACCCUCGAGCUCAUGCCAACCAUCAGCAGCUAUCCGCCCAGGUUCGUCAAGCAUUUCUCAACCCUCACUGGCGUAUUGCCGACGUUUCCCUGCUAGACGCCUGCCCUCACGCCUUACAAGACGGAAAUGCCUUCCCAUCAAAUAUCAGUGCUCGUUCGUUUGUACUUCUGCUCCCACAUUGUGUUCAUGUUGCAUAGAAGAACACGAUGUUGUCCGUUUACAAGCCUCUCUGCACUCAGUCUUGGACAAGGUCAGUAUAUUUCAAGUUUCGCACCACAUUUAAGUCGGAACGGGCGUUGCAUAUGGAC